GUAAGAUAUUUUCUUAUUUUCAACAACAUACUUGUAAAAACUAUGUCAUUUGUUUUUUAAUAUGGCUAUGGUAACAUUCAUAAGUCAUGAAAUUUUUGUGUACCUAUGUGUAAUAUUAUAAAAAGUAAUUAACAAUGGAUAAUAGAAGAUCUUGGAAGGGACAACUGUCACUGAAGGAGUCUGAACAUCGCCGAUAUUCAGAUUCAGAAGAACACAAGAGUAAAAAAUCAGUGUCAAAUAAUUCAGAAUUAUCAAAUUUAGUUUUGAUGCGCAACAGUACAUUGGGUCAGUCAGCACCUUCCUUAUCGAAUAGUUUGAGAGAAUUACAUGUUGCCGGGUCUGGAAGACGUUCUAACAAAGCUAGUCAUAGAAAAAGCUUUAUAUCAAAUACAUCACCUACAUUACCGAGAUGUCAUUCUCCAAUGUCAAGUAGUCCAUUAGAAAGUCCUAAAGUUGUUCACUCACAUCCUCAUUUUCCAUUUGUUUCAAUAAAAAGGCCAUAUAAUUUACUCACUACAGAUUGUCGUGAUGGAAGAAGGUGGUCAGUUGCUUCAUUGCCAUCUUCAGGUUAUGGAACCACUUCUGGAAGUUCAAAUGUUUCAUCWCAGUGUUCCAGUCAAGAGCGUUUACAUCAGCUUCCAAAUAUGCCUACUUCUGAUGAAUUACAUAUGUUUUCCAAACAUUUUUCAUCCAAUGAUAGUACUCAUAGUGCUGAAGAAGAUAACAUUAUCUACCGUAAGCCCCGUUUCAAUCGACCACGUUCAAGAAGUUUAAGCAGUCCAAGCAGAUCACCUGUUGUUGAUAAUGAUAUUGUAAUGAUGAAUGUGCUUUAUAAAGAUAGGUUUCCCAAGGCUACUCAUCAGAUGGAAGAACGUUUAAGCAUGUUUAUAAAUGAAUAUGAAAAACUUAAUUUAGAACACAUAGAAAUAUCACCAGAUGCUGUACCUAUUGUUAGAUUUGUUAACCAUCAAGUAUUGGAGAUAGCUAGAGAUUGCUUAAAAAAAUCUGAAGAAAAAUUAAUUACACGAGGUUAUUUUUAUGAAAUGUCUGAAAACUUGGAAUUAUUGUUGGCUGAGGCAAGAGAAAAGUCGGAAGAAGCCGCUGCACUACUGACAGGAACAAUGAAAAAAUUGUUAUUAAUAAUAUCUAGACCAGCUAGGUUGCUCGAAUGCUUAGAAUUCGAUCCUGAAGAAUUUUAUCAUCUGUUAGAACAAGCUGAAGGUCAAGCUAAAAUCUGUCAAGGUAUUAAGGAUGAAAUACCACAAUAUAUAAUAGGAAAAUUAGGAUUAAAUCGUAACUCAGUUGAUGAUAUUGAUGUAAACUUUCACAAGUUAGAUGAAUAUUCUUCGUCUUUAAUGAAAAAGACUCAACAACAAAGUACCAAAAAAGAUACAUUUUCUUCUCCACCAUCAGAAGUCGAUUUUGACGUAAUUAAAUUGAUCUCUAAYGGCGCGUAUGGCGCUGUAUAUCUUGUAAGACAUAAACAAACACGUCAAAGAUUUGCAAUGAAGAAAAUUAUCAAAAAUAAUUUAAUGUUGCGUAAUCAAAUUGAACAAGUAUUUGCUGAACGGGAUAUCAUGAGUUUUACUGACAAUCCAUUUGUGGUCACUAUGUAUUGCAGUUUUGAAACAAGGAAACAUCUUUGUCUUGUUAUGGAGUAUGUCGAAGGAGGUGAUUGCGCAUCUCUUUUGAAAAAUAUUGGCCCUUUACCUCCUGAUAUGGCAAAAUUUUAUUUUGCUGAAACUGUACUUGCCGUUGAAUACCUUCACAAUUAUGGUAUUGUGCAUCGUGACUUAAAACCUGACAAUCUUCUGAUUACUGCAUUAGGCCAUAUAAAACUGACUGAUUUUGGAUUAAGUAAAAUGGGUUUAAUGUCAUUGGCAACUAAUUUAUAUGAAGUUCACGUGGACAGAGAUACACGACAGUUUUCUGACAAACAAGUUUUUGGUACUCCUGAAUAUAUAGCUCCAGAAGUAAUCCUAAGACAAGGUUAUGGAAAACCAGUAGAUUGGUGGUCUAUGGGAAUAAUAUUGUAUGAAUUUUUGGUAGGGUGUGUACCAUUUUUUGGUGAAACACCGGAAGAACUUUUUGCUCAUACAGUAAAUGACGAUAUUGAAUGGCCCGAUGAAAAUGAAUGGCCAAUCCAGCCUGAGGCCAAAAAUAUAAUAUCAUCAUUAUUGCAACAAAAUCCAAGAGAUCGAUUAGGCACUGGUGGAUCUCAUGAAGUCAAAGAUCAUCCUUAUUUCUAUGGAGUUGAUUGGAACUCAUUAUUGAGACAAAAAGCUGAAUUUAUGCCACAAUUAGGCGAUGAAGAAGAUACUAGUUAUUUUGAUUCCAGAAGUGAUCGUUAUAGUCAUGAAAUUGAUGAGGAUACAGAUGAUGACUCGUUGAUUUUGGGUACAUUUUCAUCUUGUUCGCCUCAAUUCAAAAAAGUAGCAAGUAAAUUGUCAAUGAGCAAUGAAUAUCCAUCGUUAUCUCCUUCAGUGAACUAUAAAGAAGAUUCUUUAUCUAUCAAUAGUGGAAUGUUUGACACAUCAGCGUCAGAAGGAGAAACGGUUGAUGAAAGUUUAAAAUCACCUGUAGCCAAAAAAAUAACURUUGAGAAGUCACAAAAUGAAGACAAUGAAUCAAAUACUCAAAUCAGUCGUAGGAGGCGCUUAUAUAGUAAAGAAAGUAUACCGAAAUUCUCAAUUUCAAUUGAAGAUGAUCGUUCUCCGCAACUAAGAAGUUUGUCAGAAAAUGAGUCUGAUGAUCCUUCAUCAGAAAAAAAAGAAGAAUUCCUAAGUUUACCUGUGACUGCUAAUCUAUGUCCAACCUUACCACCUUCACCAAGUACUUCAAGCAUGUCGAAAAAUCAUAAAAACAAUACUCUUAGUGGGCAACGUGCAAGAUCCGUCAUUAAGAGUUUUUCAGCUACCGGCUUGUCUCUCAUGAUACCUCCUGAAUCCAGUAACAAUGGAUUGAAAAUGAAGUCUCCAGGAUCAUGUAGUGCAUUGAACUCGCCCUGUCGCGACGUACCUUUAAUUACCAGCUUGAAGCCACCAAUUAUAUUGCGCAGAGGUCCUUCUGGCUUUGGAUUUACAGUUAAUACUAUUCGUGUGUACUUUGGAGAUAGUGAUUUCUACACUAUGCACCAUUUAGUAAUGGCGGUGGAUUCCGGAAGUCCGGCUUUCGAGGCGGGCCUGAGUCCGGGUGACUUGAUUACGCACGUAAACGGAGAACAAGUUCAGGGGAUGAACCACACACAAGUGUUGCAGUUGCUGUUGUCCGGCGGCGACAAGGCUACCCUGCGGUCCACGCCGCUAGAGUUCACGACCAUCAAGACGGGCGGACGGCGUCGAGAACCUGGCCAGAGCAAGUUGGCGUCGAACGCCAGGCACAGAGGCCUCGGGUUCGCGCACCACUCACACCGGCACAAGAGGUCUCAGCGUAAGGACAUACCGGCCGGCGAGAGCAGGCGCCGACAAAAGUCGUCGCUGUUUAGGCGAAUCAGCACCAAGUGCACUCCCGACUAUCAACAGCUGACCAUUAUAGGAAACCGAUCGCCAACUGCCGGAGGCGUCGCGCAGGACUCGGCGAUGGUAGCUGGGGCUGCGGCGACGUCAACGUCCGCGGACUACUCGUCUUCGACCAGCUCGUCGAGCUCGUCGGCCAACUCGUCACCGACGGUGACACCCAACUCGCCCACGCCGUACCAGCGGCCAUCCACGCUGCACGGGCUCAAGCACAAACUGCACUCGGUCACCAAAAACCUGCACUCGCCGAACCGGCGCAAGUCCGUCGGCCAUAUACCGCUGUCACCGUUGGCCCGGACCCCGUCACCAUCACCGCUGCCGCAGUCUCCCACCCGGUCGCCCAGUCCGCUGACGUUCUCGUCCGGCCACCAGCCCGGCAGCUCCAAUACCACGCAGUCUUACAGCCCAUCGUCGCUGACGUCGUGCAACCCGGCAGCGGGAUCCGGUGGUGUGACUCCUUCGGGGUGUGGUUCGACGGCCUGCGUCGGUGGAAGUGGCGGCCCGUCAGGCUGUUGCAUCAGUACCGGCAGUGCAGGCGGCGCUGUUGUCGUCGUCAAGAAGACGGCUGGUUCAUCGUUCGGCCGGCCGUGCAAGACGUCGGAACCGGGCUCGCCACUGUUGCGACGGGCCCUGUCSCCUGACCGGUUGCACCCGCGUACCGCCGAGACCAAGUCCAAUUCCAUUUCGCCGCUGUGCGACCCCGCGCUCAAGGUGACCACGCACCACGCGCCCCGCGUCACGGUCACCACCAAGUCGCCCCCAAUGUGUGCGCGCGGACCCGGCGCCGCGGCCGCCAACUUGCCGCUGUCCAAGACCUGCACUACCACCACUACUACCACGGCAACAACGAAAAUAUUGCAAAACAACUCGGCGGCUUCGACGCCCGCCGUGGAAGAAACGGCCACCGUCGUCCCGGCGGCGACCACUAAAAACGAACAACCGCCAUCGUCACAGGUAAACAAAAUGUUCUCGGUGGACGUCGGYGGCGGUCACGURUCGCUGCCUCGUAUAGCCGAAGAAAGAGAUCAUCUUCAGCAAAAUCAUCAUCAGCCGACGCAGCCAACCGUCGCCGCCGCCGCCGCCGCCACCGUUGUUGACAGACCGAAACCCGUAAAAUCCGCAAGCGGCGGCUGCCGGUAUUUCUUCAACAGGAAGUACAAACAGCAGAAGGAAAAGGAACUACUGCAGCAACAGCAACAACUGCAGCAACAGCAGCCUCAACCGCAGACGCCGUCUUGUUGUAAGCCCGACGAGGCGUGCAAGAACGGCGCCACCGGUAAACACGGUACGACGAACGAUACGUCGCCGCCCGGCACGUCAUCCACUCCGCAACCUUGAAUGACGACGGCGGCCGACGAAAGACGACGACGACUUGUCGGUCGGUGGCCGCUAGAUUUUUUCCGCCCACGACUUUAACUCCUUUUAUUGUUUACUCCGUCAAGGCUCUUGCCCUCGAUUCUUAGCGCCCCCUCCCCCCACCACUGGCUUUUACGAUUAAUUAUUAUUACUACCAUUCAUAUUGUAAUUAUUAUAUCCUUUGUAGACGAAGUGAAAACUGUAGGUAUGUUUUUGUUGAAUUUAUUUUUUAUUUAGUUUAUAUAUACAUAUAUGGUUUAUGUUACAAUCGUUUUUGCCGCACUUUUUUCUACGCCGCAGCUUUUUACAUCGUAGGCUGUGUAAAUAUCACAGGGUUGUACUUGUGGACUAAAUAUACACUCGUGAUGAUAUAAUAUUAACCAUUAUUUGUCAAAAUAAUAUACGUAUACGACAUACGUUUGUCUGCAUUAUUAUUUGUUAUUUCACAUCUGUGACCAAUCCGAAACGAUUUAAAUGUAUAAUAUCCGUUCACUACUGCAACGAUGCUCUGUAUUUCAUUAUUGACCAGGAAUUGUUUAGGAACAAUUUUAAAUAUUUCAGUUUCGGUUUUGGAUGAAUUUUUGCUUUCAAUUGUACUUCAGUUUUGUUUUGUACGGCGUACGAGUGGGCGUGAGUGCGCUUAUACGUUGAUGUAUUGCACGAUUAGAUAGUUGUACUUGGUUAAGUGGUUGUGUGUUUUCAUCUUAGUUCGUUCAUUGCACAGUAUGUUAAUUAUAGGUAUUUAGACUACCUAUGCGUUGUGUGUUAGUUUGUGUUUGUGUGUUUGUGUGUAAUAUUAUUGAAUGAUUUGAAUCUAAUACCACACUCGACGCCCGAUUAUAGUAUUAGUAUAAAACUCUACAUUGAUUGCGUUUUCGGUAUUACUCAAUCUUGAGUUAUUUAUUUGUGAUAUUUUGUGAUAGAUAAUACAACGCCCAAAUAUUUUUUUGUUCGUAAUUUUCGUCUUUGAUAAUAUUAAGUAGAUAGGUAGUUUUCGAACACGUCAUCAUAAAAACCCAUUUUAUUUUAUUAUUAAUUAUAUAUCGCUUUAUUUACUAUAUAACUAUCACUUAAUAUGUAUGUACGAUAUGUAUACACAGUAUACAUAUGAUAACCUAUAUUUUAUUUAUAAUAG